AUGCAAAAAUAUUUGUUGGUUCUAUUGUUGGUAAUAGGAAAUUUAAUACAGAAUGGUAAGUAGCUCUUGGUUUAUGGGUUUUUUUGUUUAGGAAUUGAGGAGAAGACUUUGGGCAAGGAGCUAGAACUAAUUUUAAGUCAAAACUUAGUUGUAAAGUUUAGUUCGGAAGCGAUCUAGAUAUUACACUUGACGUUUUCGUUCAAUUCUAAAAAAUGGUUGAUUUAUGGUCGAUAAAUUGGAAAGCUAAUGUCUAUUUUAUAUUGCAUAGUAGCAUAAGAGUAUUGAGAUAUCUCCAGAGCAUUUUUUGAAACAACACUUUAUCUUAGAAAUUUAGUGUGGACUAAUUUAGGUAUUGCACUAGCCAUUAUUGUGUAGAACUAAAAAGUUUUCUUUUGCAAUUGAUAGCUGAUAAGGAUGUGAUUUUAUGGUUUAGAUAGAAGCUUAAAAUAAAUAUCUUUCUUUCAAAAAAAUAUUUUAGCUGUGGCAUUAAACAAAUAUGUAGACGACUUUGAAACAUUGAGUUACAGACCAAUACUGGAUCGAAGGAAAAGAGAUGUGGAUGGGUCACAUUCUAUUCGAUUUAAAAGUCACAACAAGUAAGUUGUUACAUUUUUUUGGUAUUUGUUUAAUUUAGGCGUAAAAUAGAAGUUUUAAAGCUAUUUCUGGCCAAGAACGUUAUUAAUGUGGCUUUGAUGUCUAAUAUAACUAAAAAUAGACGUUUUUAAAAAAUUCUAGAUUAUUUAUAGUAUUUUUUGGUCCUAAUAUAACAUUUAGACUGAGUCACUAAUUUUAGGAUUAAUUUGCCUAUUUUCAGAUUAUUCCACUUGAAGUUAUACCCUAUCUCAGAUGAAGGUAACGACAUCUUUUCGGACGAUCAUUUCCUCGACGUGAACGGUGAAUAUUCCUCGCAUUUGGUGAAGCCCACAAACUUUCUGUACGAAGGACAUAUAGUAGGGGAUCUGAGGUCGAAAGUGUACGGGUCUUUGUUGGAUGGCCUCUUUGAUGGUCAUAUAAUACUUGGCAAUGGAGAAACGUAUACGAUUGAGAAGGCGGCCAGGUAUUUUGACAUGGACAAAAGGCCCGAAAAUUAUCAUUCGAUAAUUUAUAAGGAUGAACAGAUCAACCACAACAAGUUUCGAAUGAAAAGAAGCGCAGAGAGUGAGGAGGAAGGGCCUGAUGGCCAUCUUCAUGAUCAUGAUGGAGAUGGUGAGUUUUUUACUUUUUUUAUAUGUUUCUGUGUUUAGAUGAUUGAAAGUGGCUUUAAGAGCUGGAGAAAAGACUAGAAUUGAGAAUUUUUAUAGAUGUUGAUAUAAAGUUACAUUAAAUUGACAAAAUUAUAUUGUUUUAGGUAGUUUUCAUCAAAAACUAUGUUUUUUUUGCGGUUUUAACUUAAAAAACUGUUGAUAUUAAGUCAAAAUAGUGAAAAUAGUGUAAUGUAGAGAAUAUAAAUGUAAGGUUGAUUAAGAAUGACAUUUUUAGCUGAUCAUGGCUGUGGAUUGAAUGCCGAAACUAAAGCUGAGAUGCUCAAAGUCCAAACCUCGGCUGCGUACAAAUUUGAGCCUUUAAAUGAAUAUAAUGAAACGAUAAAGAGAAAGUCACAUCUCAGCUUCAAUUUAAUGGAGGAUCAGUAAGGAAAUUUCAUUUUCAAAAUAUAAAAUACGGUUUUUUCACUUGGUAUUAAAAAAGCAAGAAAAUCUUUUGUUUUUCGACCUUAAUUUCUAUAUAAAGGUAGAUAAAGGCUUGCAAAUUGUUGUAGAAUAAAGAAAAUUUAGUAUACUGCCUAAUCUUGAAGAAAAAAAAUUUUUAAAAUGUUGUUUCAGUAUCAAUAACAGGACGAAACGAGCACUACCAGAGCGAAUUCUCGAAAUAAACGGUCGUAAAAUUCAUAGCGUUCGAACAUGUUCAAUAUACAUGCAAGCCGACCAGAAACUGUACAUGCACGUGUUCCACAAAGAAGGUAACCAUGAUCCGAUCAGGACGAGAGAGGAAAUCGUAUCACUUUUCUACAAUCAUAUCAAAGCCGUGAAUCAUAUCUACGAGAACACCAACUUUGGCGGCAUCACUGGUCUCAACUUUGUUAUUCAGAGAACUACUGUAAGGUUUUGAUUUUUUGUGGCGUUUUAGUGGUAAAAUACGUUGGUAUUGUAUGAUAUCUUAUAUUUUUUUCAAAAUUUUGAAAUUUUAAAGCAUUUUUUAAAAUUUUUGAUUUUUUCAGAUUUUCACAAACGAAACAUGUUUAAAUGGAAAACCGGCCGAAAACUCGGAUAAUCCUUUCUGUGCGGACAAUGUUGAUGUCUCAAACUACCUAAAUUUGAAUUCUCAACGAAACCACACCUCAUUUUGUCUGGCUUACGCUCUCACCUUCAGAGACUUCAUUGGUGGAACUUUGGGAUUGGCUUGGGUCGCUAGUCCAAAUUACAGUAAGUUUUUUGUAAAAUAUUGUUUUAGAGGAUGGUAGAAGAAUAUCGUGGCAAGGUUUGUGCGAAAUUGGAGACAAUUUGGUUGAAAUUCGGCCGAGAUAUAUAGGUUUAUAUUAACCAGGGUAGCAAAUUUUUAGCUCGAAGUUGUUUUAUCAGUAGAUCUAUUGAUUUCUUUUAGAUACCGCCGGUGGAAUCUGCCAAAUCUACCAAAAAUACAAUGAAGGCUCACGAGGCAUGGUCUCCCGCUCCCUCAACACAGGUAUCGUCACUCUAGUCAACUACGGGAAUCGAGUUCCGGCCAGAGUAUCUCAACUGACUUUGGCUCACGAAAUCGGCCAUAACUUUGGCUCCCCUCAUGAUUACCCAUCGGAAUGUCAACCAGGUCUACCCGAUGGUAACUUUAUCAUGUUUUCAUCGGCAACAUCGGGAGAUAAACCGAAUAAUGCUAGGUUUUCGAAAUGCUCCAUAGCUAACAUGAGUGUGGUGUUGUAUGAAGUAUUGGCACAACCACCCGUAAAUCCAGCCUACUCGAGUGUUAUGAUGAGUAGUAAGAAGAGGAAUUGCUUCCAGGUGAGCUGGGGUCUUCAAACAAAAAAUUUUGAUAUUUUAUGUCAUGAUGACAUGUUUUAUAGAAAGAUGACUGUCCAUACUGUUUUAAAAUGAUUAAAAAUUGUUUCGUCUUAUGGUCCUAUAAAUUAUCUUACUUUAUAUCAAAUCUUUUCAGGAGCGCACAUCAGCCUUCUGUGGUAACCAAAUCAAAGAACCGGGAGAGGAAUGUGAUUGUGGCUUCUCUGACCGUGAUUGUGCCCAAAUGAACGAUCGUUGUUGUCAGCCGCAUGAGAUCGAUGGUCGAUUCACAUCCGGCGCUUGCAAACGUCUUCCUGGAGCACGAUGCUCACCUUCCGAAGGUCAAUGUUGUGAUGCCAUGAGCUGUGGCUUCUUCCCAGCACAUACGAAACGAAAGUGCAGAGAAGAGUCGGAGUGUCUAUACAGUCAAUUCUGUAACGGGUAUCAAGCAGAAUGUCCAGAAAGUCGACCGAAAGUUGAUGGACUACCGUGUCAAGACGCUACGAAAGUGUGUCACGCUGGUGCCUGUAACGGCAGCAUCUGUGCUCGCGUUGGACUGAAGGAUUGCUUCUUGACGGAAGGAAAGCCAGACCAGCUAUGUCAUUUGGCUUGCGAAAAGAAUGGGAGUAAGGGGUUUUUGCAAUUUGUUACCUGAAAUAUGGUUUUGGAGCUUUUUGUUACCUAAACUAUGUUUUUGGGGCCUUUUGUUAUCUAAAAUAGAGGUCUGGGGCUUUUGGUUAUAAAAAUUUUGAAUUUUUAAAAUUAUGUUUUUCAGAAUGCGUAUCCACCCUGGAGCUACCAGAAUUUGCCGCCGGUGUCUUCAAACAGCAAAGCCGAGAAGGCAAACCUGGCCUUCUGCUUCAUCCAGGUUCACCAUGCAACAACUACAAGGGCUACUGUGACAUUUUCCGAAAAUGUCGCUCAGUCGACGCUAACGGCCCUCUGGCAAGACUCAAGAACCUCUUAUUCAACAAACAAACCAUCCAGACUGUGUCGCAAUGGAGCCGCGAGAACUGGUGGGCUUGUAUCCUAAUAGGCGUAGGAGUCAUGUUCCUAAUGGCACUGUUCGUAAAAUGUUGUGCCGUCCACACUCCCUCAACCAACCCCAACAAAUUACCAGCUCAACACUUUACCGACACUCUCCGCCAUCCAGGAACGUUGUUGAGACGAGGACGGCAGAGGAACGGUGCCUAUUCGGUAGCAGAAGAGCAGGCACGGCAAGUACAAGGUCAACAACGGCCAAGAACGACAACAGCGCCUGCUCAACGACAAAACAGACAAAGGAGGCAAAGGUCAGGACAGAGGAACGAAGUUCAGAACGGUCAGGCUCAGAGCAGGGUACCACCCACGUUGACGGCACCACCACUGAUUCCUCCGCCACCGGCUGUUAAUGUAGGUUUGGAGGGGUUUUGUGGAGUUUUUAUGGAGAAUAAGGCUUAGAGAGUAGGUAAAACAGAAGGUAAUAGGUUUGAAACAGAAUGCCAAGUAACUAGAAGUCUAAAAAAUGAAUAGUUAAUACCAGGGGCGUCGCUACGAAUUCUGCAGUUCUCCGCGCGGUCUCUUCAUUUCGCCACGUUCUCUCGCCUCUCUCUCAUUUCUCCGAUUUGAGGGGAAAUGUCUGCGUCUCUUCGUUUUUUCAUUGCAAAUCUCUCCAUUUCUCGCAUGGGUAGAGAGGCGCGACGCGCUUUUUUCGCUCUUUUUCACUUGAGCGAGAGAGAAAGAAGACCCCGUGCGAAAAAGGAGAGACGACAGACAUAUCCCCUCAAAUCGGAGAAAUGAGAGAGUGGCGAAAUGAAGAGACUGCGCGCAGAUUUGCAGCAUUCCUGGCGACGCCCCUGGUUAAUACCUAUUUUUAGACAUGAGAAACGGGCCGGGCCCAAUUUUCAGGCCCGGCCCGAUCGAAAUUUUGCUCAAGGCCGGUCCGGCCCAUUUCUCAUGUCUACCUAUUUUAUAUACUUAUUGAUACAAUUUCAAUGAUUUUAGACCUCAAACGAGCCUCCACCACCAUACUCAGCAACCGACCCAUCCGCACCGCCCGCUCCUGUUGUCACAACGAACGCAAAUCGCCAUACCUCACCCGUACCAAAGCCGGUCGCCUUGCCCGGAGCCCCACCACCCCCAGCUCCACCCACCUCAACUAUCCCCAUCAACAUUCCCGGCCCACCGAACGGCCAAGGCCCGAAACCUGGCCGACGAAAGCCAAAACAACCAGCCAAACCGGUGAAAAAGGAGGAAAAGAAAAAGUAG